AUGCCCAACAAACCCGUAGAGACUGCUGGUCCAGAGGCUAAAUGCUGUCUGGGCGUUACAUACUUUAACAGAGCUCUAGAGCGUAGUGGUAAAGCGCCGAAAUGCAUGGGUCUCGCUCAAUUUAAGCACGGGGACCAGGACAACGAUGAUGUCAGGAUGCUGAACGAGGCGACUGGCGACUUUAAGGGAGUAGAAAUCGCCAUCACGGAGGAGCGCGUGCCAGUUGCCCCUACGGCAGGCUCUGAUUCUGGGCCCAGCAUACAAGGCGGCUCCUCGCCAACUGUGGGACACGGCAGCGGCGGUGUAGCGGCGCUGCCUCCAGCCACCGCUGAUCCGUCUGAGGAGGAUCGCAGCCUCCAAGCGCGCUUCCGGAAGCAGUUCCGUCGGAAUUCGGACAGCCUGUCCUCAGCAGUUACAGGCGAGAAGCUACCACCGCUACCAGUCCAGAUUCGGAAGUAUGACUCCCUAUCCGAGGCAUGCGGCGCGUUUACUGACGCUGCGACUGUCAACCUGCUGAAGAUGCGAGUCGUGGCCGAGUUCAUUACCCUUCGGACGAUGGACGCUGCCAAGCCGAUUUGGGAGCGCUUCCGCUCCGAAGAGGAGACCGAAUGA